GUUCCUGCUGGCGGCCUGGAAGUUUUCCUCAGGCCACAACUUUUGCAGAGUGGACCUGGGAAAAACACCCGCGCCGCGCACACCCUCAAAGCUGAGCUUGGCAGGACACCCAAGGCGACCCGUCAUGCCCAUCCGAGGGGAAGAAGCUGUGCUGUCCCGCCCCCUUCUCCCCAGGCCACCCUGGACGCCCAGGAGGCCCGGGCUGGGCUGUGGGGGGCCGAAAGCCCCAGCGCUGCUGGUGAUUUCUCGCCCGGAGCCCCGCCAAGCCAGCGCGCCCUCUCGCAAGCCUGGCAGACCAGGAACUACUGGAAAAAAGGCGCGGUCGAGGAAGCCUGGUUGUUGUGGUCCCACAAACCACAAAUCAUACGAGAGAGGAUCCCGAAGGCGGGAGAAAAGUCAGUACAGACUUGUUCCUGCCACCUUUGGAAAGAAAAAGUUCCUCACCAGGCGCGGGGCGUGCUUUGCUCUGGGCAGGGUCGCGCUUGCAGGGGCUUGGGUGACCCCCAUCCCUCCCUGGCGGCUCACCUCCUGCCGAGGAGGGCCACCUGCCUCCUCCUGGCCCAGGGCGCAGGGCGCGUCCUGCCCCGGCACUGCGGACCCCGGGAUCGCCUCUCCCAGGCGCGCGGGCGGGGAAGGAGGAAGAGGCGGGCGGGGAACCGCGGGGUGCUCACCGCCCUGGGGCAUUAGGGGCGCGGAACCGCGUUGGAGGCCUCGCGGCCCCGGCUCGCGAGAGCGCACUGCGGAGUGGCCGCCGGAGCUCGGCCUACUCCUCUCCCCCACCCACCUCCCGUGGGACACAGUCUCCAUUCUCCAGGCCGCCGGCCGUGGGGGAGCCCCUAAUCAGUUCGCGCCCGGCCUCUCUGCCCGUCUUCCUCACGGGAACCGCACUGCGACCGGGACGGACGGGGUGACCUAUCUCCCGAUGCAGCGUCAGAGGUUAGCCUAACUACAACGGACUCGGAAUCUGGACUGUAUAAGGAUGCUCUCCGCACUUCCAUCAGGGGUCGGGGAUGCGAUGCCUCCGGGCCCACCUUCUCCCACGCCCAGGGCGCGCCUGCGGAAUGAGAAUAUCGUACUCAAGACGGGUGGGCUGCUUGCGACCCAAAUACAGUGGGUCCCUCGCACAUCCUGCACUCGCACGCCCCCUUCUCCCCCAACGAGUUGUCCCCUGUAAAACGCGAGCGGCGACCACACAACUUGGCCGACCCGAUCUGGCUUCUGAAGAUGAGGUCGGCUGCUCCGGGAGCGGAGAAGGGGAGAGAGCUUAGUGGUUUCAUCCGAGGCCUGGCCAACCUGCUCCUUCCCACGCUCCCGUCCAGGAUUUGAGUCUUGGAGAAGCGUGAGACUCGAGGGAGCUCUUUCCUGGGUGCAAGUCGGAGGCCAGGGAGCCCCUUGGCACACACUCGCGCCUGCACAUGCUCGCACCCUCGAAGCGAUCUGGUUCCUUAGCGCUGGUUUCCUUUCCAGCUUCUUUGAGAUCUUCGAAGUCCCCUUUCCCAGGGAGGCGGGCAGGACCGGGCUAAGCAGGAUGGAAGGCAGCCCUUUUUAUUGAAUCUGAUAGCUACUUUCCCAAAAAGGCCAGAAAAGCCAUUUCACAUCUCCAUAGUUAUGGGAAUUAGCUUUUUCUCCAAGAUGCCCCGAUUAGCCAGUUAAACCAUCAGUGGGCCAACAGGGUCAAAGUUAGUGGCUUGGUGGUUGAAAGCUCGGAGUCCGAACUCUCUGAAGACAUUUUCCCCGCCUUGCCACUUUCUAGUUGGUGACCUUGGCAAGCAAGAUACUCAGCCGCUGUGUACCUCAGUUUUGCGGUUUGUAAAAUGGGAGUUACAAUAGUGCACCCCUUGUAGAGUGGCUAUAGGUUUAAGAGUUAAUAUACGCAAGGUCUUUAGGACUGUGCUGAGCGUACAGAAGGCCCUCUCUUGAGUGGUCGCAGUUGGCUGCUCUCGGCCUCAUCUCCGUUUGUGAAAACCCGCCCAGAUUCCGGUCCUCCCAGGCCCCAGCGGAAGUUUGGAGAGAGGCUUUGCUGAAUAGCUGUUUAGUCUCCCCCAACCCCCUUGGCCCUCGGAGCUCCUGGAAAAAGUUCUUAAUGAAGUAAUGUUGAGAGCGUCCAUUAAAAAUGCAAUGCUGGGAGAUCAAAGUAC